CAGGAGUUGAUAUUUUUUAUUUUUAUUAACAUACCUACGUACAAGUUGUUUCUUUUUUAAAGUUUUUUCAGUAUGCAUAGAUUAAUAAUUUUCAUAACCCUAAUGUUUUGCAGUUCUGUUCUCAACACAGAGUUAAAACAUGAUAGUCCCGAUAAUUCAGAUGUGCCUGGGUACAUCAAAAUGUACGAGGGAAAAUCCCUCACUUUGGUAUGUGCCAGUGAUGGGGUGAAACCGGCAAGAUGGCGAUUCCAACGUCCGGUACCAGAUGUGUCCGAUAUUAUUAUGAAAAAGAAGGUAAUAGGACGUGAGGAUAGAUCUACUUCUACCAUAAAUAUUCUAAGCCUCGACAGCUCUCACACAGGAACAUAUUUUUGUGAGGUUAAAACCGUUGAAACGAAUGACACAUGGAAAAUGGCUGUGUCAUAUAAUGUAGUAGUGGACUCCAUCCAAGGACCUCAACUUUCUCCAUGGAUUGAUUGGAGGGCAAAGAUUUUUAUACUAACAUUAAUUGUCUUCGCAAUUUUAUUAAUAAUGUACAAGAAAAUGGAAAAGUGUUUCAGCAAAAGACGUAGAGAAAACAUACCGCCAGUACAAAUAAGAGGACAGAUGGAUAGUAGUAACACCAAUAAUAGAAACAAUAUAAUCCAGGCACAAGCGAAUGACGUACUUGAAAGAUUAAUACGUGCUGCACCCGAAACUGUUGUCUAAGACUUUAUAGUUUAUAUGUAUUGUAAGACCGAUCAUUUCUUGUAGGAUGUGGUUUAAAUAUAAGCUCAAAGUUGUCA